GUCUCUAUACCACUCUUCCUCUCAAACUUUUCGUUCGUUUUCUUCCCCUUCAGGCUUCAAUGACUUGUUAAGUUUUUCGUAUUUUUAUCUCCCUGAAAAGCUUCUCCUUCUUGAUCUCUUUCUCUUCCUCCACAUAUAGAGCCUGAGAAAUGGCCGUGGAGCUCUUGCACUUCCCCAAGUCAAUGGACGACCAGACGGCUAUUCAAGAAGCUGCGUCUCAAGGCAUCAAGAGCAUGGAGCACCUGAUCCGCCUCUUGUCUCACCAGCCAAAUCACUCCGACUGCACGGAUAUCACGGACCGCACCGUUUCCAAGUUCAAAAAAGUCAUUUGUCUCCUGAACCGGACCGGCCACGCCCGGUUCAGACGCGGACCCGUUCACUCCUCUUCUUCUCCUUCGUCCUCAUCCUCGUCCGCCUCUAUCUUUGUCCCUCACUCACAGACCCUAACCCUAGCUCCCACUCCGAUCACUUCUAAGCCCACCUUGCCUCCGGCGCCGAUCGUAACUCCGGUGGCCUUACAUCAGGCUCCGAUCCUUUCUCAGCCGAACUUCCUUCCCUCUCAGCCUCAGACCGUGACACUUGACUUCACAAAACCUAAUGGUUUUUCCUCAAGCUCUAAGGCCACCGAGCUCGAGUUCACGAAGGAGACCUUCAGCGUCUCGUCGAGCUCAUCUUUCAUGUCUUCGGCAAUCACCGGAGACGGCAGCGUCUCGAACGGGAAGCUAGGGUCCUCGAUCUUAGCAGCUCCUGCGCCGGCAGGUUCGGGGGGCAAGCCGCCGCUCUCGAUGGCGCCGUACAAAAAGAGGUGCCACGAGCACUCCGACAAUCUCUCCGGCAAAUUAUCCGGCUCCGGUAGCAAGUGCCACUGCUCUAAGAGAAGGAAAAAUCGUGUGAAGAAAACAAUCAGAGUCCCAGCAAUAAGUUCAAAAAUCGCCGAUAUUCCACCAGAUGAAUACUCUUGGAGGAAAUACGGUCAGAAACCGAUCAAGGGAUCGCCCUACCCACGUGGAUAUUACAAGUGUAGCACGCUAAGGGGCUGCCCGGCGAGAAAACACGUGGAGAGAGCUCCGGACGAUCCGACGAUGCUGAUCGUAACCUACGAGGGGGAGCACCGUCACUCUGGUACACCCGGGGUGCAGGAGAACGUGGGUGCCGGUGUAGGGAUGGUCUUUGAGUCAACCUGAAAAAAAAAGAAAAUAAAGGCAGUCAGUAAAGCGACGUAGACUUUCGUAAUUUCGAGGUAGUGGGAGGACUGGAUUGUAAAUUGAUUCCUUUUUUUUUUUUUCCUUUUUAAUUUUGUCGUUGCUGUAUUUUUAAACAAGAUAACUUCAGUGGAUGUCGAAAUGGAAUCUCAUCAAUCGGUUUAAUUUAUUUA